AUACAUAUAGUCUUAGGUUAUAGCGUCAUCGAAGACUCGGCUAAGUACAAACCGAAGCAGAGACGAGGGAUGAUAGCAAGCGUGACGACGGCGUUAUCUUCCUCUCGCCUCCUCGUCUCUCCGCUGCUCGCUUCCACUCUUCAGCUCUCCAAUUCUCUUCCACCUCUUAGGUUUUACUCUCUGCCUUCGUCUAGGGGUUUUCACCGCCAGAGGUACUCCGAACCCCGCUGCUUCAUCACACGAGUGGCCGAGUCUAUCGCUGAGGGUUUCUGGGAAGAACCCGACGACGGAUUUGGAAGUGAAGGAGAUGAAUCCGAGGACGAGAUGAUAGGGGAAGAACAAAUUGAAACGGCUUACAGUAGACCUAGUAAUGCCAGUCAUUCUGAGUCAGAAUACGAGCGGCUCGUUAAAGAGGUUGAACAGUUGCUAGAGCCAGAAGAAAGAGAUAUCUUGCAACACAAUGAAGUCCCUGAUAUCAGCAAAAUCUCAACUAAGAAGUGGAGCCUAUUUCAUUCUCUAGGAUUGUCGCUUCAAAUACCUUUAAUGGAUAAACUACUUGAACGUGGUUGUGAUAUUGAUUCUAUUGAUAAGGAUGGUUACACUGCUCUUCACAAGGCAGUGAUUGGAAAAAAGGAAGCUGUUAUCAGCCAUCUUUUAAGGAAAGGUGCAAAUCCUCUUGUUAGGGAUCGGUGUGGUGCCACUGCUUUGCAUUAUGCAGUACAAGCUGGUGCCAUGCAAACUGUGAAGUUGCUGAUUAAGUAUAAAGUGGAUGUCAAUGUUGCUGAUAAUGAUGGCUGGACACCACUGCAUAUUUCAAUGCAGAGUAGAUCUAGGGAUAUUGCAAAAGUUUUGUUAGUCAAUGGCGCUGAUACGACUAGAAGAAAUAAGGAUGGAAAGACACCUCUGGAUCUCAGCUUAUGCUAUGGGAGGGACUUCAAGUCUUAUGAUCUGGCAAAGCUACUCAAACUUGUUCCUGCAAACAGAAACCCAUGAAAGAACAUCUGAUGACCUAUUUUCUCAAAGCAAAAUGGUGAAUUGCCUGAAGCUUGUGUGGUGAGAGACUCCAAAUGGAAUUUUGUCCCAAUUUUUGGCUCAAUCUAACAGUUCAAACAAUCAAACUUAAUGUAACCCUCGAAAUGUUUCAUACACUUAUAUGUAUUUUUGGGAGUCGAAAAUGUGAAGAAAAUUGUAAAUUUAUGUUUGGAUUGAUGGUGUUGAGAAGUGAAGAUGGUAAUGCUUAAUGUUUCAUUGCAAUAUCUGAUAUGAGCAGUCAAGUCAUACCGUUAUUGGUGUGUGUUAUGCAA